AUGGACAAUAAAUGUUUAAAUUUAUCAAAAACAACACAAAAAUCCCCUUCACUUUCUGAUCGUUUUCUUUGUUCUUCCCCAAUAUUAACAGAAUCUUUAUUAAAAUUACAACAAAAUAAUGAAGAAGAAGAAGAAAAGGAGGAAUUAAAAGAUUCUUUUAAAACAAACAUAAAAUCAUCAAAAAUUUGGCCAAAUUUAAGUUUAACAAAAAUAAACAGAGAAAGUUUUAAAAAGAAAAAACAACAACAAAAGCAACUUUCUCGUUUCGAUUUAAUUUUAUUACGAGCAUUUCAACAAAAUAAUAACGAAAAUACUUCUUUGUUACCCCCACUUCCUUUAUUUACUGCUUCAUAUUCUUUAUGUUCUUCUGAUGGGGCUAGUAGACAUAAUUCUUUAGAAAUGUUGGGAACAUUUGGAGAUUUUAAUGAAAAAUUUAAUUAUUAUGAAGAAGAAGAAGGGGGAGAGGGAGAGGAAGGAGGGGAAAGUUUAUUUUGUUCUAAUAAUUCUUCUACUACAACAUCUGCUAGAGGUUCUGCAUGUUCUGCUUUAUUACAUCCAGAUGAAGGUGCUGCCGUUUCUGUAUUUCAAAGAAUUGAAAGAGAAAAUGAAAAGGAAGGAAAUGAAUGGAAUGAACAAAUUGAGGAGGAGACUUCUGAAAAGUAUAAUAAUAAAUUGACAUUUCUUUUUGUGUAUUUCUAA